AUGACCGAACCAGAGGAGUCCGUGACUGUGCACGAGGGCAGUAUAGAGUUUGAGGAGGCCGCGAAUGCUAUGGCGGACGAGUGCUUUUUAUAUUUAUAUGAAGGAAUUUUCUACAACAUGCCUGCCCAGCACAAUCUAAAACCCCCUUUUUAUUGUGUUACUCGGGGCCGCUACAUCGGUGUUUUUCUGGCAUAUCUCCGUGAAUUCAUCCGUCUCGAAGGGAGAUGUGGCCAAGCCAGCGCUCAGUCUUGCUUGGAAUGUAAUCGUCCCAGCCCGGAGUACCGGUGUGAAGACUGCUUAGGGUCAGAGCUUUAUUGCACAACUUGCAUCUUGUCGGCCCAUGUGCGCCACCCACUUCACCGAUUGCAGAGGUGGAACGGUCAAUACUUCGAGCAAACCUCACUGAAAACCCUGGGCCUUCACAUCCAGCUUGGCCACACCACUGGCCAGAAAUGUCUUAAUCCUCAGCAUGCAUUUAACGACGAUUUUGUCGUUGUCGACACCCGCAGUAUCCAUGAAGUGGCCCUUGACUUCUGCAAUUGUGCAACAGCCGAAAGCCACAUGCAGCAGCUGCUUAGAAUAUCCUGGUUUCCUUCAACAACAUCAGAUCCAAAAACGGCUGCAACGUUCUCUGUUCUUGAGCAAUACCACUUACUCUCUUUUGAGUCAAAAAUAUCUACAUAUGAGUUUUAUCACGCGCUCAGGCAGAUGUCCGAUAACACUGGCCUACUUCCUGUCAAGGAUCAAUAUGAGUCGUUUUUGCGAAUGAUACGUGAGUGGUGCCACUUGAAGAUGCUUAAGUGUUCGGGGCGAGGUCACGAGGCUAGUGGUAUAGAUGGGACAGCUGAGGGUGAAUGUGCCAUAUUGUGCCCAGCAUGCCCACACCCAGGGAAGAACCUUCCAGUGGAUUGGAAAGAUGCCCCUCGACAGUGGUUAUACGGAUUAUUCCUCGCGAUUGAUGUGAAUUUACGGUUAAAACGCAAGGCUGUCUCAAAUGACAAUGUUGACCCAAGCCUGAGUCGUGGCUGGGGUUAUUUCGUGGAGGAAGAUGCUUAUAAAGGCUUCUUGCAUGACAGUGCGGACAGCAUCCAAGAGAAAUCAACGUGUUCAAGUCACGCUGCUGUAAACAUGGCUGAUACAAAAUCUAACUGCGGACUCGCCGUUACUGGUUUAGGUACAAUCGAUUGUGCUCGCCACAACAUGAAAAGGCCUAAUGCAGUGGGGGAUCUCCAAAAGGGUGAAAGAUAUAUUAAUAUGGACUAUCUAUUCUUCUCGACACUUCACCAUACCGUACUCGACACUCUCCACGUAUCCUAUGAUAUCGCGUGCCAGUGGCACAAAAGAUUAUGGCACCAUAUGAGUGCCUUUCCGUUUUCAAUGCACCUCUCGCAUACCGUCAAGACCGUCUCAUUUUUUGUGCCCAAGUUCCACCUACCUGCUCAUAUUGAGCAGUGCCAAACCUCCUUCUCGUUCAAUUUCAAGAGCGGGGUAGGAAGGACCGACGGAGAAGCGCCAGAAUGUGGCUGGGCUAAUAUUAACCCUGUCGCUUCAAGCACGAAAGAAAUGGGUCCUGGUGCAUGGCGAGACACCCUUGAUGACUACUUCGGAGACUCGAACUGGAAAAAACUUGUUGGACUUGGUGCGUCUAUUUUUAUGAAGGAUGCAUUGCCGGAGCGAGAGAACCAUUGUGAAGCAUUCGAGGACCUUGAUGAUGGCUUGCGAGGCGAAUACGGUGCCACCCUCGAACAGUGGAGAGAACAGGUGGAGGCUUGGGAGUGUGACGCUGCACAGCCCAAUCCUUUCGAACGAAAGGCAGAAAGUAUCACUAUGGCUUCUGUACGACUGGAGCUGGCUAGGGAGGACCAGAUUGACCUUCAAACAGGGACUUACCUUGCCCUACACGAGGAUUGCACUCCCAGUGUAUUAAUCAGCACUGGCUUAGAACUCAAGGAACAACAGAUUGAUGCCUGGGGGAAAAUGCAGGAACUAUACAUGCCGUUUCUCGCUGCACUACAUGCGAGCGAGGCCUCAGUAUCUAACAAUGUGGCCGCUGCACCAGAAGCCAUCAAGUUGUGGCUGCCGUCCCAUAUUAGCAGGACCUCUCCUUGUGACACCCGUCUCCAAGCCAUUGAAUGGAAGCUGUGGUAUGGGCAAGCUCAUGACGCCCUCCGUUCUCUAUGUUCGAACUUACGUGCUCUGACUGCGAUCCUCAAGUAUAAGAAUUGGCACCUUCGUGGGCAAGGAGCGAACACGCGGGCAUGGAAUACAUUGAAAGCCGUUGAAGCAAGGAUCGAGGCCGCUGCCAGCACUUACGAGCAUGCACGUAAAUCCCUCGUUGUUCUUGCACCACGAGUGAAUCAGACCCAGUCCGGGUGGCACUCGUCACUGCGGCCACUAGACCGAGCUGACAUCCGCUCGAUGACAGACAUACUAUGGGGAGAAUCGGAGGGAACGAGAAAGCUGUCAUGGAUUUGGAGUAUGCGGGGAGCGGCUCCCAACGAGAUGGACAAUGACAAUACCUUGGAAGACAUGCGAAUAGAGUGGUGCAAAGCCCGGGCACGGGCGAUGCGCUGGGCAGAAGAGGUGGAAUUGUUGAAGGAGGAGAUGCGAAGGAUUCUGCAGUUUUUUGAGUGGGAUGCGCAGCGCUGGGACGAGCAGGGCCUGGGAAACGCACUACAACUUGACGAUGCAGAUCAACACGAGGGACAGAUGGCGUAUGCCAAACGUCAAGCCGUUUUACGUCGAAUGCUUACCGAGUCUUUCAAGACCAGCUGGGCUGACACCCUGGCUCUGGUGGACACAUUCGAAGACAUGGACUUAAGCACAUAA